AUGGAUUCUUGUUUCAGCAUGAACAACAAUGCUAAACAAAGGGGUAUUUUUAGUUCGUUGAUUCCGUCGGCCGACGAAGAUGAGAAGCAACCGGAGAAGAAGAAAGCCAUGGAUUCCGAUCAAAAUGAAGCCAUGUUCGAGCGUAACCAUAACCAGCAAGCUCAGGCUAUGAUUGACUAUUACAUCCAACUUCAGGAUCCUUGCUCUGGGAUGAAUGGGUUCGACCAUUUGCUAACCAAAAGACCUCGUCGUUGUUCUACUUCUGGCCUCGUUUCUGACAAUGUGGGCUCUAAUGUUCAGGCGCCGGCGAGAUCUGGAUCGCCUUCUUCUUCGGGUCUGCGCCAUCGCCGGCUAUGGGUGAAGGAAAGGCCAAAGGAAUGGUGGGAAAAGUGCAGCCACCCUGACUUCCCGGAGGAAGAAUUCCGGCGAUCGUUCCGAAUGGGCAAAGCAACGUUCAGCAUGAUCUGCGACGAACUCGGACCGGUGCUGAUUAAAAAAAACACGACGCUUCGUGAGGCUAUUCCGGUGAAGCAACGAGUUGCUGUGUGUAUAUGGAGUUUAGCCACUGGAGAUUCUCUCCGCCUUGUGUCCGAACAGUUUGGUUUAGGCGUAUCAACCUGUCACAAACUUGUCCUCGAAGUGUGUUCCGCCAUCAAAACAGUUCUAAUGCCUAAAGUUAUUCACUGGCCCGAUGAAUCAAAGAUGAAGAUGAUCAAGAACGAGUAUGAACAAAUCUCCGGCAUACCAAAUAUCGGAGGCUCAAUUUACACAACCCAUAUUCCCAUCAACGCACCAAAGAUCAACAACGGAGUUGAAUAUUUCAACAGGCGUCUCACUGCGAGGAAUCAGAAAAAUUCAUACUCAAUUACAAUUCAGGGUGUCGUAGAUCCUAAAGGGAUCUUCACAGAUGUUUUUAUUGGUGGAUCUGGCUCCAUGAACAAUGAUCAAGUGGUAGAGAUAUCUUGUUUAAACCAGAGAGCCAAUAUGGGAUAUCUAGAAGAUGUAUGGAUAGUGGGAAAUUCUGGGUUUCCUCUGAUGGAUUGGCUUUUGGUUCCAUAUACAGAAGAAAAUCGCACCUGGAGCAAACAUGUGUUUAACGAGAAGAUUGGGGAUGUUCAAAAGGUUGCUAAGGAGGCGUUUGGGAGAUUGAAAGGUAGAUGGGGUUGUUUGCGGAAGAGAAGAGAGAUGAAGCUUGAAGAUUUGCCUCUGAUUCUUGGGGCUUGCUGUGUUCUGCAUAAUAUCUGUGAGAUGAGGAACGAAGAGAUGGAUCCAGAGUGGAAGUUCGACGUUUUUGAUGAUGAAGUGAUACCUGAGAACAACAUAAGAUCUGCUAAUUCAGUCCUGGCUAGGGAUUACAUAGCUUAUAAUUUGUUGCACCAUGGCCUUGUAAGGUAUUAGGUAAUUUUUCCUAGUUAGGAAAGGAAUUCAUUUUGA